UAUAUAUAAUCAUCUUCUUGGCUUUCUCCACUUUCUAAUCCUUAGUCUCCUACUCACUUUUUAAGUAGAGGUCUCUCUGCUGUCACCCUCUUUACUCCUCUGCUCUGACUCCAACAGGUCAAUAAGGUGGUGGAGUGAUAAUUAUUAGUGUAAUAUUAUGACUAUCCACUGAUGAUAAUCAUACGUGAAUGAGCUCAGCUCCUGUCAUCUAUGCGUAAAGUGAGAAACACAGCUGAUGCUCCAGAAGGAAGUCACCCCAAAGAUAGUGGUAACAAGAGUGCACAAUUAACUCUAGUAGGACCUUCACAAUUGAUUUCAGACUAACUAGCUAGCAGCAGGUAAGUAGCAGCGUUAGUUUAGAACUGGGAUGUAACUCUUGACUGUAAAACAACAAAGGAAUAUGUACGCAGAGACCAACUGUGGGAAAAAAAAAGGUACUAGGUGCUAGCAAUGUCACAGGGAAAACGCGGACUGGAUUUUAAAAUAUAUGGGCGUUCUCUAUAUAAACAAGUAAAAUGGAUUGGAUAGCGAUGCCCUGAAGGUGCGCUCUACCUUACUCUAUGAAGUAAGGGGGAAACUGACAGAUUUAUGAUCAUAUUUAAGUUAAAAAUGACAGGUUAUAUGAUACUUGAUUUAAACUAAUAUUCUGGCAACUUUAUAGUUAAUAUGUCAGCAUUUUUUUUUUAAAUUGUUUUGUUUUUGUUUUAUUUAAUUAUUAUGGGGGGGCUUAAGAAUAUUUUAGGGGGGCCAAAGCCCUUCUAAAAUAGGCCUAACAACGCCACUGUAAAUGUUGUCAAUUAAUAUUGAAUUAUUAUUGUUUAAUAUCUCUACAUUUUUCUUUUUACAGACUGAGUAAUCCUUUAGUCUAUUUAUUAAUAAAAAAACAAAAAAAAAACACCUCUUUCUAGUCCAACCAUCCUAUUUAUUUCUAUGGCAUGUAAAUAAAUACUGUUGGUAGUAGUUUCAUGAUAUAUUCGUGUUUAUCUGUUAAUAUACACAUCUCAGCACACAAACCACUGCCAACAUUUUUGACAUGGUAAAUGCCAGGUUUUAGCAGUUUAAAAUCCACAUAUUUGGACUGGGUCCAUAUUGUUGUUUACUUUUGCAGCACUGGGUUUUCUGACGAGCUAACUUCUGUGCUUCCGGCUGUCGAGGGAAUACACAUAAUUUGUCAACAAACUGCUGUUUUGAAUUUUGUCACCAACAUUCCAAUUAAUUCAAGCCAUUGCCUUUGUUUUAAAUUUAAAUCACCCUAUGAUUUUAAUGAUUUUCCAAAUACUAUAUAUGUCCUGCAACAACAGCGCUUUAUCUUUAUCUUUAUCAUCAAGUGAUUGUGUGUGAAAAUGUACAAUGCAUGGAAAUGGCCACUCCUGGGCUGAGGUUCACUAAUCUGGUAGCUGUCCAGCUGGAUCAGGAGACAGAAGCACAUACUGUUAUAUAACUGAGACAUUUGUCAUCUCAUCGGUCUCCUUGUAAAAGAGAAUUCAUAUUCCCAUUGUUUUUUGGAUUCAUGUUUCUAAAUUUAAUACUGGGUGUCGGAGAGACAGAAAUGUCUUGUUGAUUUGCAUUUUACUUUUUAUGACCUCUACUGUUGGUCCUUCUGUAUCACAGUCUACUCUAAACGCAGCUCUCGCUUCCAAUUCCUAACAGAAAAAAACUAUUACCUCUGCUGCACUCUGUUGGUGACUUUUUGAUAAUGCAAUUUGUCCAAAAAUAUUCUUUCCACAUGGAUUACAUUAGGCUGGUAAUCUCCCGGGUCACCAUGUUGGCACAUUGGCCAUGAAGUUGCACUUGCUAUGUGAAGGGCAGUGGACCAUGACACUGACUAUGUACUUCUGACAUAUAGGACACAGUACAUUGAAUAUUACGCACACAAAUAUAAUUAUUUUUUAGGAAUUGCUUCCUAUUAAAAAGCAGAUUUUAGCAAAGGACAUUUACUUGUAUGGAAUUGUGUUAUUUUUAACUAUCACCCACUACCCCACCCCACUUUGUAAGUUUAGAUUUAGUUUGAACCACAAAAAAAUUCAACCACUGUAUUAACACCGUAUUUCAUCAGUCCUACUUACUUUUAUUUUUCUCUUUUUCAUUAUUUGCCUUUUUUGGCACUGUUUGGUUUGUUUGAUAUCAUAUGGUAUUGGAAAUAAAUGAAUUAUACCAGUGGUUGCACCACGAACCAGUGUAAUUUGGGCCUUUUUUCACAGACCGGCACAAUGUGGCAAAAAAAAUACAGAAAAUAUAAAAUAACACGACCUGGCUGAAAAUGAAUGUUAAGUGCAGGGAAAAUGUUACUCACCAGAUGCUUAAUCAACCUUUUUUAAGUGCAGCCUCUCCUAAACCUGACGGCAAAUAUCCUUGGUCGCAAGGCAUAGAAGGAGUAUGACUUUUGUGUGUGUGUGUGUGUGGGGGGGGGGCAAAACGUGUUGAUGACCCCCAAAGGCGGUGUCAGCAAUAAAAUUAAGUUACAAGAUAUAUGCUCAGUGAGUAUGGUUGGGGUCUCUAAGGUGCUUGUCUAAGGUGGUCUGUUCAAAAAAUAAUUUUGAACCAUUAUAAAAUACUUUGUAGGAUUCUUGUUUAUUUCAUUCAUUUUUGUUUGUUUGUUUUACUGCUUUACAACAUUUAUGGACAACAUUUUACCAGUUAGGUCUUUACUGUAUUUCAAAUUCAUACAUAGGGAAAAACAUGCGCGGUAGGCUGAUUGAACACUCCAAUUUGUCUGUAGGUAUGUGUGUGCAUGAACGGUUGUUUGUCUCAUUGUGCCUUGCGGUUGGCUGGCAACCAAUUCAGGGUCUAUCCCGCCUACUGCAGUUAGCUGGUAUAGGCUCCAGCACCUCCGCCACCCUCAUGAGGAUAAGUGGCAUGGAAAAUGAAUGAAUGAAUACAUAGGAAAGUCAACAAUAUGCAAUGAAAUAUUUGUAUUGAGUUCAUUUUGCCUACACUUGUAAAUUCGUUAAAACUUUUCUUUUAUCCCAGGCAUUAGAAUGCAAUGACAUGUUUCGGCCACUAUAGGGGGCACUGCUCCGCCUUCCCCCCCUCAAACUCCUCGUCCAGUGGCAGGAAUAAUAAAUUAUUUUCCACUUGUGAAAGGUUUCUUGGCUAAUUUAGCGUUACGGUUCGCCACGAGGUACAGUAUGAUGCUUUCAGCUUUUGUUGAUGUGGUGGCCCUCAAUGACUUUUUUUUUUGUUUAAAAAAUUCCAAAGGCCUACUUCUUAUUCCAGGGUGCUUAGUCUCUAUGUGCUGAAGCAGCUUUGAAGGCUUCAUUGCCUCAUUUACUAACUUUUGCCCACAUAUAAUGCAGAGUGGACACGACUUAGGCUCGUCUUCUAAAUAGUCAGGUGGCCUUUCCCCUGUAAAAAGCUGUCCAAAGUCUGUCUGUUUUUCAUUCAUCUUCCCUAGCGUGUGGGUUUAUUAUUUUCGAAAGCAAAUCCGAUGUGCCUAAAUCAUACCUCAUUAUCGAAGAGAAGCGCACAUAGAUAUAAAAAAAAAAAAAAAAUAGACGCUAGCUCUAAUUGAUUUCUAUGACGACAUCCUAUCCAGUUUUAUUAUUAUAUAUAUUGGCUAAAAAAACGACCGGGAGUACACCGUCCGUCAUUGCUGAGAUGUGCCAUCCGCAGCACACAGCUAGCAGCCAAAGUCACUGUUAGCACUGACUGACGCUGAGCUGCUUCUGAGGUGUGUAAACAUUUCAGUAAUGGCGGCCACCAUUAGAAGGUGAUGUCUACAUAUUGCCACUCAGAUUAUUCAAUAGACUAGGCAGGCAUAUUGGUGUGUCAAGAGGCACAGGCCAGAAUACGGUCAUUAUAAAAUUAUUUAUUAUUUCUGUGCGGCCCAGUAGCAAAUGCGCCACGAACCAGUCCCCGGCCCAGUGGUUUUGGACCACUGGAUUAUACUACGCAACCUGUUGUGCUUUAUGACUAAUAGAAGUAUUAUAGUUUUUGCAAAUGUGUGUAUAUACUGUAUAUUUACAGUAUAUAUACGUCACACAAAUCCUAAUAGACAGCUAGGAAAGUCUGUCUCGUGCAUACAUCCUGCUUUAAACAGCUUAAUCAAUUUAACAGGAUAUUUAGUUUAACAUUCCAAAGCAAAAUUGCAAAAGUAAAUGUCCGAGUCUUACAAUUGCAUGUCUCCUGUUUAGUACAGGAACUCAAUUCAAGCCUUUACUCUCAUGUCCAACAUAACCCUUUCCUCUAAUCUGAAAUGCCUGGGAUUAAACAGACAGCCAACUCCCCAUCCGUAAUUCUGCCCGUCCACCUCCCCCUUCCAUCCUCUCUCAUGCGCACACGGAGUUGUGCCAGGCUAGUCAUUUUGAGACUACAAACAUGAUGUUUGAGGGGCAGAGAGAGGAAAGUAGGUGGGAUGGAUUAGAUUAAGUUGGUCCAAAUUCAAGGGAUCAUUCGCAGUAGGCUGUGGUGAACGAUAGAUAGACAAAAUGUGUUUGUGUGACCAACAGAGAGAGGGAGAGAGAGACAGGCAGAGAGAGAAAACGUCCGAGUCAUGCUAUCAGAGAUACGAGUUGUUUCAGCAGGGAUAUGACCUAGCUCUCCAAUACCAACCUGUCACUCUUCAUAACUGUUCAUAAUAUUACCUUUCUUAUUUUAAAGCUUUUUUUUAACCAGUCUCCUUUAACCUAUUGGAAUUUUAGAUUGACCUUGGCUCUCUGGACUAGUAGAAACUGUAGCUCAUUUGCACGAGAGGAAAGUUUUCUUUUCAGAUGUUCAGUGGGAAAUUGCAAUGAUAUGGAAAGGAUGUAGCACGCUGUUGGAUUUUGGGUUUCAAUGUGACCACUGAGAAGAACAGUUUGUGAGUGGGUAAAGAAGGGGAAAAGAGGGUGGUGAUGGGAAAUAUCAACAAGACAUCUAGAAAAAACAGUGCAAAGAGUAAGGGGAUGUCGCCUGUAGAGCAAAGUGGGUCCCCAAUGGCUACAGCCAUGCUCGGGGGCCAGGGGGAUGCAGGCGAAAUGGACACAGAAGAAGACGAGGAAAGAGGAAGCGAGCCGGAGUUCGAUGAGCCGCUCUGCGCUCUGGUUAAAAACUGCAACAUGUUGCACAACAUAGUGGGGCCUGCGUGUGUCUUCCUCAAGCAGGGCUUUGCACAGAGCCAGCUCGACCGGGAUUUACGGCCUGAAGAAAUGGAAGAGCUGCGUGAGGCUUUCAGAGAGUUUGACAAAGACAAGGAUGGCUUUAUCAGUUGUAAGGACCUUGGCGAGUGCAUGCGAACUAUGGGAUACAUGCCAACAGAAAUGGAACUUAUCGAGCUCAGCCAGCAGAUCUGUGGAGGCAGAGUAGACUUUGAAGACUUUGUGGAAUUAAUGGGUCCAAAAAUGCUGGCCGAGACUGCAGACAUGAUUGGAGUCAAAGAGCUGAGAGAUGCCUUUAAAGAAUUUGACUCGGAUGGGGAUGGCCAGAUCAGCCUCAGUGAGCUGAGAGAAGCCAUGAAGAAGCUGAUGGGAGAGCAGCUCAAUCACCGUGAGAUUGAUGAAAUCCUGCGUGAUGUGGACCUCAAUGGGGACGGAGAGGUGGACUUUGAAGAGUUUGUGCGAAUGAUGUCUCGCUGACGACACAGCUUUGCUGCAAUGAACGAGGACAACACACUGUUAAUUUUCUGUCAAUGUAUUCCCUCUUGUUUGCAUUUAUAUGUUUGUGUCAAUCCUUUUAUUCACAAACAAAUGUCAGAGAACCCUAUGCAUGUGUUACUGUUCAGUGAGUAUGUAAUGUAACUGUUAACAUGUAGGGACAAUUGAUCAAAGAGAGGGAUGACAGAGCUAGUGUAAAAUAACAAUGUAACACAGAGUAUGCUGACUCUUUUCAUUAAACAAUCAUUUUUACAAAUUGCAAUGCCAUUUUCAAAUGUAUGAAUUAGGGAAAUUGGCCUAAAUCGAAAACCGAAUUUCAGAAACACUUGGCCGAAGAAAACGAAAACCAAAAGGCCGAAAAAUACACAUGUCUAUAAUUCAUUUUUUUAUUUGAUUUUCCUAAAAAUUAUUUUAUUUAAUUAUUUUCCGAUUAAUGCUUUUUGCCUUGGCAUUGGUUCUACAACCCUGGAGACUCGAGAAAUUUAAUUUGAAAGGUGCCAGUUCUGAAACCCCAUGUCAGUGUGCGUUUCAGGUGUUCUGUCUGAUUUUACACCCAAACAGAAAUUGCAACUCACGGUUGGGACACUCGAAAAAUGGGUCUCACGCCUCCAAUUGCUAAGCUAAAUGAGAUCUCCAUAUACGUUUGUGUGGAACUGUAGUUCACAACAACAACAAAAAGUGAUUGCGUUUUCGACAAAACUAGUAAAGCUCUUUAGCUAUCACAAUCUCCCCAACUCCUUAGAAUAAGACUCGGCGUUUUCUUGAGGAACAAGUGGAAUUGAUCGAGAGCCAGGCGAGUGGGCCGAGUUUUAGUGGCGACGAAGCUGCGUGAACUUGCCCCUACCCGGAUUAAACGUCGACUGGCAGAGGGGGUGUGGAAGUCGCGGGAAAAAAAUUGACAAAAAGAGAACGUGUUUGUGCUAUAAACGUAUUGUACUAAACAACAGCAAAUGCACAUGUAUGCAUUUCGGUACUACUUUAUUUGUAUACUGUUUGCUUGAAUAAACUCCAAGCUGCUCAUGCACGGGCUCAAAGCACUUGUACUCGAUGUGACGCGGGACAUCAACAGAAAGCAUCUUCAGAACGAGCGUGUAGCAGCAAUGAAGAAAAUUCAUUUUAUUUUUGUUCAUUUGAUAAUUUAUAUAUUUCGUUGAUACCUCAAAAUACUUCCGUCACGGACAUGUUGGCUGUGAGCCAGUAGUGUUAGAUCGCUGUGUUUUAAUUACGUCAUUACAAGAGGACUAAGGUUCUUCACACUUUUCGGUGGUAAACUUUCAGCCUUUUAACCGGAAAGCAAAAAUGCAAUUUUAGCUAUUUUUGGCUGAAAGUUUUUGAUGCCGAAAUUUUGGUCACAUCUCUAGCAUGAAUGUAUUUGUGUUAUAUUUUGUUCUAUUUUUUUCCAAAAUUCUUUUUUUUUUUUUUUUUUUCAAAAUUAACCAAAUUGAUUUAUAGUAUAUGUCUCAGUGUGUAAACAUACAAUUCUAAAUAAAGUCAGACUGGUAAACACGUGCACUUACAGCAACUCUCAAAGCAUAUUGUGGGCAAUCAAUUUGGAUUAUUCAUUAAUUCACUGAACCCCAGUUUGUUUUUUUUGUGUUUGUUUUUUCCCGCUUCUCAUUGUUAAGAGCCAAUUUUGAAAAUUAUCUUUAAAUAUGUGUGUAGUGAUUACUUAUCCAAUCAACUAUCCAGGGUUCAGUAUUUUAAGAAAAUUUAGGAAAACUUAAAAAGGAUUAAUAAUUAGAAUUUAUUAAAUUUUGUGAUCACACGACUAAAAGAAUACAUUUUUAACUAUGUAAUUGAAACUACAAAUAAAACCAUCUGGAUUAAAUCAAUUGAAAAUUAAUAUAAAUAAAUACAUUUUGAAGAGUGUCAUACCAACCAAAAGUGCACUAUAAUAAAAAACUUGCAUUUUACAAAUUUAAAUGUAGGUUUGACUGACACCAACUGUUACAUAGUACCUGUAUUGUCUCAAGUAAUUAUUUUUACGAAAUUAUUUUUACCUGUCAAUAUACAAAUGAUAUAUUUUUACAGUGUCAAAGGAUUAGUAAAAUAUGCAAUUAAACAAAACUGUACAAUAAAGUGUUUUUGUCCAGCUUAUUCAUGUCCACUUUCAUGAGGUUUUACCAUUUUGUUGCUUGUUUUUUUGUUGUUGUUGUUUGUUUUGUUUUGUUUUUUAACUUGUAACUCUAUGUUACACAUACACAAAUUAACAAUUGUCCGUAUACAUAAACAUUGUGUAGGCAAGGGGCACAUCUUUAUGCAAAAUUUCAAAGCCAAAUACUGUAAAUGUUCCAGUAUUUAUGAGUUUAGUACACGUGAACCAGAACUGAUUAGCUUUUUCAGGAAUGAAUUUCCUUCUAUUGAAAUUAAAUUUCUUCACAGUUAGAGUGACAUUUUUUAUUUAAUAAAAGAGAUAGAGAAUGCAGAAAAUGAAAAGUAGACCUACUUAAAAAUGUAGUUGGCUAUGUAAUCAUCAUCUUCCACUUGGUUAUGGAUACCAGGAGGGGGCACAACACCCAAAGCACUGGGUGAACAUAUCACUGAUAACAGUAUAUUAAGGGUUAUCUGUUCUUUUUUUUUUUGUUUGUUUGUUUGUUUUGGUUUGUAUGGAAACUGACAGGGGAAUCAACCAGUCACAUUGUAUUUUAAGUAGACAGGGGAUAUACCUUUUAGACCUUCCUGAAGUCCU